CCUGCGAAGUCGGAGCCAUCGCUGCCCGGUCGACACCUUCACGGCCGGUUCCCACACCGAAUACUCGCAUUCAGCAAACCCCGGUGCUCAUGUGGCCGUUGAAGUAACAACGGCCUUUAAGGCCACAUCAAAGAGAGAUGUCUUCCGCUCUGCUGGUGUGAUCGUCGAGGAGGCAAUGGCUGGCAUUGCCCCUGACGCUCCAACCGCCAGCUUCCCGAAGCCAGCCAACUUAGUCCGUACAGCAAACCUAGCCCGACAAGGUCAGCGCCCUCAAGACCCCACCAACCUCCAGUUCCAGUUGGCCAUGGAUUUCGUCCCAGCGGACUUCCUGAUCAAGGACAUCACAGUCGGCGAUUCGCAGGCCAUCUGGAGGCAGUGCCAGAGUCUUGGCUUAGCUGUCCCAUACACCACCGAUCUAGAAGUCCAAGCCUGCAUCCGGAAGCUGAUGUCCCUGCCGUUUCUUCCCCAAGAACACAUCGCAGCGACCUUUGCCAAGCUCAAGACCAAGAUCACCGAGCCUCUCCUUACGCAGCUAUUCGACUACGUGCAGAAGACCUGGCUCGACAGCAACGUGUGGCCUCCUGCCAACUGGUCCAUCUUCCAGCACAGCAUCCGGACCAACAACGAUGUCGAGGGCUGGCAUCGCAGACUCAACUGUAAAGCUGGUAGAGCUGGCUUACAGCUCUACAAGCUUAUCCCGCUGCUCCCCACCGAGGCCAAGCUCAUCACUCUGCAGAUGAUUCUGGUUCGUGAGUCGAAAAUGUGCAGGAACCAGCGCUGGAAGACAAGACAACUGGAGGGCUGCAUCUUCAAGCUGUGGGGCGACUACGCGCAAGGGACAAUCAAGACGUCGGCUCUCCUAGCAGCAUGCAGCCAUCUGCAUGGACCAGCCCUGUAAACGAGGAAAGCACAACCAACAUCAACAAAAAAAACCAAACGGCCCUUUUCAGGGCCACACAAAAGAAAACCAAACGGCCCUUUUCAGGGCCACA